AUGAAUAAAGGUAAUAAACAGAGAGAUAUUCGCUACUUGUGUCGAUUGAAUAAUAUUGGUUUUGGGGCGCUCUUUGAGACCAAAGUCCGCCAUGAGAAAACAGCAGGAAUAAUUAGUAAUAGUUUUCCCAACUGGGAUUAUUACUCGAGUAGUGUGAUAUCGUUCAGAAUAUUGCUUAUUUGGCAAUCGAAAUUUGUGCAAGUUAAAAUUCUUGUUGAAGAUACUCAGUUUGUGCAUUGUAAAAUCAGAGUUUCUGGGCAUAAAACAGAGUUCUUUUUAACUGCUGUGUAUGGCUCAAACUCUAUGUUGGACAGGAAAAUUUUGUGGGAUAAGCUUGCUGGGUUAGGACAUUUUAAUCUUCCUUGGAUUGUUUUAGGAGACUUCAAUGCUAUGUUUAGCUAUCAAGACAGGAAUGGAGGUAGACCCAUAACUGCAAAGGAGGUUUUUGAUGCUCAAAAUUGGCUGUCUUUAGGCCAAUUAGAUGAAUUUCGCUGUGCUGGUUCCUCUUACACCUGGUCUAAUAAGCAUGAAAUUGGGGACCGAAUAUACUCAAAGUUGGAUAGGGUCUUUACUAAUGAGAAAUGGCUGGAUCUCUUUCCUAACACAGAAGGAAUUUGUAAAUGGGACAGUAUUUCAGAUCAUAGUUACUGUGUAAUCAAGAACCAUGUUAUAGGGAAUAUUGGUAUCAAGCCUUUUAGGUUCUUUGAUUGCUGGAUGUUCCAUAGUAUGUUUAAAGCUGUUGUUCUUGAUAGUUGGAACAAAGCUACCUCUAAAGCAGGCCUUGCCGGUAUUAUCCUAAAGCUCUACAGGGUAAAACACAUGUUAAAGAAAUUCAACAAAAAGGAAUUGGGAGACAUUCCUCACAGUUAUCAGGUAGCUAAGGAAAGCUUCAAUUUGGCCCAAGGUGCCUUAGCUAAUGACCCUCUCAAUACAAUGCUCCAGUUAACUGAACAGAUCAAGCUUCAAGAGUUGAUUCAAGCCAGGAAUAGGUAUGUUAGUUUCCUCCAACAAACCAUUAAAAUAACUUGGCUGCAAUUUAAUGAUGAAAACUCCCAUUACUUCCAUGCAAUCAUGAAAAAGAGGAGGGCUGAGAAUAGAAUUACUUCAUUUGUGGUAAAUGAGGAGGUGAUUGAUGAUUAUGAUAAGGUGGUAGAGCAUUACUUUAAUCACUUCAGGAACUUCAUGGGGAAGAAGAGUUCGGCCAAUAAAAAGAUUGAUACCAAUAGCCUGAGUUUUGGUGAAAAACUUUCUGUUCAGCAGCAGGUCAAAUUGAUCAGGCCUUUCAAUAAGGAAGAUGUGAAAGAAGCUUUGUUUGGCAUUCACUCAAUCAAGAGCCCUGGUCCGGAUGGGUUUGGUGCAGGUUUUUUCAAAGGCCUUUGGAAUGAGAUAGGAAACGACAUUAGUAUGGCAGUUAAUCAAGGGGCAUUCAUCAAGAAUCGUCUCCUGGCUCAUAAUAUUCUUAUUUUUCAGGACUUGCUCAAGGGUUAUACGAGGAAGAACAUUUCAGCUAGAUGUAUCAUGAAGAUCGACCUUAGUAAAGCUUACGAUAUAGUUGAUUGGCAGUUUGUGGCUGACUUGCUCAAGGGUCUUUGUUUCCCUUCGAGGUUCAUUCAUUGGGUGCUGGUUUGUUUAAAGGGAACCUCUUAUUCGUUGAUGCUCAAUGGUCGGCUUCAUGGCACCUUUAGAGGGGAAAAGGGUCUUAGACAAGGAGAUUCGAUAUCUCCUCUUUUGUUUGUUUUGAUUAUGGAGUAUUUGACUCGGCUUUUACUUCAGACUUCUAAACAAAAAGGUUUUGGUUUCCAUCCCUUAUGCAAGCAUGUAAAUCUUGUCAAUCUCUGUUUUGCAGAUGAUCUAGUUAUUUUUUGCAAGGGUAAUGAGAAAUCAAUGAGACUUACACAGUCUGCCAUUGAUAGCUUUUGUGCUACAACAUGCCUCUCAAUCAACAACACAAAGUCUCAUAUAUACUUUGGAGGCAUAAAAGACGAUUGUAAAUCUCAACUUUUGGAGAUUACUCAAAUGGAAGAAGGCUCUUUUCCGCUUAAGUAUCUUGGAAUUCAUCUAAGACCAACAAAAUGGAGAGCUGCAGACUGUGGGGAAAUCAUUGAAAAAAUCCAGCGGAACCUCCAUUCCUGGACAAGCAGGAAUCUAUCUUUUGCGGGCCGAGCCCAACUCAUUCAUUCAGUCCUUUUUGGAAUUAGGAAUUUCUGGAUGAAUAUCUUUAUCCUUCCUCAGAAAGUUGUUGCUUUCAUAGAUAAAAGCUGCAGAGAUUUUCUUUGGGGGAUGAAAGGGAACCGAAGCAAACUUCACCUCACUUCUUGGGAGCAAGUCUGUCUUCCCAAAAAGUAUGGAGGAGUUGGCUUCUUUGAGGGCAGGAAGUGGAAUAUUGCAAUGAUGGCCAAGUACAUUUGGGCUAUAUCGAGCAAAAAGGAUUGCUUAUGGGUCAAAUGGAUAGAUUCGAUCUACCUUAAAGGUCAAAGUUUCUGGUCUGUUCCUAUAAUAAGUGACACUAGCUGGUACUUUCGGAAAUUAUUGAAGCUGAGGAAUGUUAUAGAUUGUCCUGUUGUUACUGCUUCGGUUUUAAGAGCAGCUUAUUACUCAGUUUGGUGUAAUAGAAAUAGGUGUGUGUUUGAUUUGUGUUGUAGCUCAGUGAUGCUGUUAGCUACUGUUAGCCUUGUAUCUGUUUUGUGA